AUGUGUGCUUCCCCAAAGGCUAUUAAAGGACAAGCGGUCGCAGAUUUACUCGCAUCUUUGCCGGGAGAAGGUACCACAACACUGCGCGAAGACCUUCCUGGAGAGUUUCCGGAAAUCUCUUUUGUCAAGGAAGAGGCGUGGAUACUAUUAUUCGAUGGCUCCGUCACCCCUAGAAAUAAUAUCGGAGGGGAAGGCGUGGUUCUGGUAUCCCCAACCGGUGAAGUUUUCUCGCAUUCCUUCAAGUUAGACUUUCACUGCACCAACAAUUCAGCAGAAUAUGAAGCUUUUCUCAUAGGGUUAUCAUUAUCCAAGCAAGCUGGAGCUACGCGUCUGGAAAUAAGGGGUGAUUUUAAAUUGUUGGCUAACCAGGUGAAUGGAGUAUAUGCGCUGAAAGAGGUGACACUGUCCCCAUAUAGAUCCGAAGCGCAAAAGCUUCUAAAUUACUUCGCUGACGCAACCAUAACACAUGUUGGUCGUAGCAACAAUAAACAUGUUGACUGCCUAGCCACAUUAGCGUCAAAGCUGCAGUUCGAGGGUUUGGAAGAAACCUUGACAGUGAAAAGACGAACCAUGGCAUCAACAUGGCUUUCGCGAUCCCAGGAGACUGAAACCAACGACUGGAGAACACUGAUUAUUCAAGAACUUAACAGCUCGCUUUCUCAAGGGAAGAUCAGUCUCAAAACUUUACAAAACUUCUUCACACUUCACGGGAUGUUAUACCACCGGAACCCACACUAG